AAGAGUCCCACUAGAAACACAGCUGAAAUAUCCUCAACAGAAGAUGUCUGGCUUUGUUGUUGAUCUGGAUGUGGAAAAGAGGAAGAUUGCAGAAGAAGCAAAAAAGGCUACAUCUGAGAUAGUACAGUAUGCUAUAGAUAACCAGUUCCAUGGCUUCCCAGUAAGCUUCGGCUUCACUUGUGCAGAACCAGUCGACCCUUACAAGUUCUGCUGCAUUCCCACCAAGGAGUUUCUGCAGGAACUUCUAGCAAAACUUAAUGAAGUAAGUUUCAAGGAGGACACAGACCCUGAAGAGAAUAAAACCAUUGCCUAUGUCAUUCCAAGUGAAAAGGAUGAUGUAGUUUAUUUGUGUGAGCAGUUCUGGAGUGCAGAGGACACACUGUGUGAAGAGUCAAAGCCUGGAACAUUAAUCCAUGAGGUUUCUCAUCUGCUGGGCACUGUUGACAUCACCUACGAUCACCUGACUGUAGAGUUGUAUGAGCAGUAUGGGACUCUACUGGGCAGGUCACAGCCUUUUAAGGAUAAGGAUGGAAAAGUAUAUUAUAGAGAAGAAGUGGCCCAGGUGAAUGCCAGCUGCCUAGAGCAUGAGUUUGAGACCGUCAUCAAUCAUGAGGAAACAUACACUAAUGGCAGAUACCCAUGCUGUGGAGAAACCAGGAAAAACUCUGUCUGCAAAUGUCGCUCAACAGGCCAUUACUAUCUACAUGAAAGAUUUGAUUCGAAAAAAGAUGAGAUGAAGCAUAGGGUGGCCAACUUCUGGAAGGAGAUUAAUGCCCGUAUAAGCACUGAGGCAAGGAGGGUAAGAUACGUGAAGAGAACGAACAAGGUCUGCAAGGUGGUUCCUGUUUCUGGGCCCUGAGAGCUUCUAGAGAAAGUCCACGUUCAGCUCAGACUAACCAUGGUGGAACAUUCUAUAUAAAUAUAAAAAUAAACUAUAAAAAGGAUCAAUUAAGUAUUUGACCUUAGAUAUGUACAAGGAUUAUGUUAAGAUCUGUUUAAA